AAGGAGAAGAAGAACAACAAGUUCUUGACAGUGGGUUUGACAAAUGAGACACACAAAGGUUCAAGCAUCUACCUUUAUAAAGACGGCUGCUCUCUCAGUGAGAACUUUGAACCGCCUUCGAGGCCUGAAACUGUGACAGUGAGCGACAUGAACCACAACAGCGUGACACUGAAGAUAACUCCACCCAGAUGUGGAGCAGAGAACAUCAGCUCCUACUCUGUUGAGUUCAGUGUCAGCGGAGAGGAUGGAUGGCAACAAAGAACUGCAUCAAAGGCUGAUGAAGUCACAGUGAGCGAUCUGAGUCUUGACACCGAGUAUGUGUUCAGAUGCAGAGCUGUCACCUCAGUGGGUGUUGGGCCAGUCAGUGAGGUCAGUGGGUCGGUUAAAACUCUGCCCUGCAGCCCUCCUGGGAAACCUCAAGUUGAACCAAACUCAAGUGAGAUAUCAGUGAGCUGGCAGAGACCCGCUGAGCUCGGACCAGAUGUCCAGAUCCUGAGCUACAUCGUGGAGUACGCCCAAACAGACGACGGGGUGAAAGAUCGCCAAUGGAACCAAACGAUGUCGAGAGCUGAGAAGGCAAUCGUCUCAGGGCUUCAGUCAGAGACACAGUAUGUUGUCAGGGUCACAUGUGACUGUGGUGCCGCUGGUAGAAGCAAGGAAAGCAUCACUGUUAACGUCUGCACAACCAAACGUGAAUUUGCUCGUCUUGCAGAAUACCUGAAACAUGCUAGCAAGAGUAUAAAGUCUGAAUUCCCCCAACUUUACAAACUGUGUCUGAAAGAAGAAGAUAUUGACAUAGAGGGAUGCCGUAAGUUUACCUUAGGCAAAGAAAGCAUGAGGCAGAAUCGUACCAUCAUGCUCCUGGGAGCAACCGGAUCAGGAAAGUCCACGCUCAUCAAUGGAAUCAUCAACUACAUUGUAGGAGUAGAGUGGAAGGACAACUUCAGAUUUACGUUAAUGGACAAGACGACUGAAGUCACUGUACAAACUCAACCAUCAGGACGGCUUCAAAAUGAACUACUCACUGACCAUCGUGGACGUCCCAGGGGUCAGAGGCAGGAAGAUCAUAGAGCAGCUGCACAGAAAUACGUGUUCGAUUCAGUGCUCUCAAUCUUCGGCAAAGACGUGGCAGAAAACAUCAGGGUUCUGGUGACAUUCGCAGACGGCCAACGUCCACCAGUUCUCGAGGCCAUCACGGCCUCGGGCGUCCCGUGUCCGAAGGCUAAAGACGGACUGCCGGUCAACUUCAAGUUCAACAACUCAGCACUGUUCGCUCACAACCAAUCGUCUGCGGCGGAGAGCACGGGGGGGGAAGACGAAGAGGGAGGCUUCGAUCAGAUGUUCUGGAACAUGGGCGUAAAAAGCAUGAGGAGGUUUUUUGUUGCUCUGAAUGUGAUAGAAACCAAAAGCUUGUCAAUGACACAGGACGUCCUGAGAGUGAGACAGCAUCUGGAGGUCUCAGUGGAGAAUUUCCACAAGCUGGAUAAACUUCAUCUAUCCAAGUAUUUUGGAAUCGAACAGACGGUUCAACAACUCAUAAAUCAUUAGGCAGAGAUCAGCAGA